CCGUGUAUUGAGAAGAAUCGAUCCAGGAUAAAAUAAUUAUAAUUUAUUUUAUAAAUUCAUCAAUUUAAAUUGUUGAUUCAUUUCAGUUUUAAAAUAAAAUUUCGUCGUUUUAUUUGAACACUAUGGUCAAUAUACCAAAGCCUUUGAUUUACGUUAGCGUUUUUGGUACAAUCUGUGGCAGUACAUAUUUAAUCAAGUAUGAUUAAGUCAAAAACACUCAAUUCUGAAUUACCAGACAGACAUGACAUAAUUAAUGUCGUUAUUUUUGUUCUACUUCUAGAGACUUUAUAUCGGGAAAAAAUUACAAAAUCAAGACAUCAGCUGCAGAUAAAGUGAUCAUCAUUACAGGUGCAAAUACGGGCCUUGGGAAAGAAGCCGCUAGAUUACUGGCAAUAAAAAAUGCCACCGUUGUAAUGGCUUGUCGGGAUUUACAAAGUUGUGAAAAGGUUAAUAUGAACAUAUUUAAUUUAAUAUAGUUAUGUACCUAUGUGUGCUAUUAAACUUCCAUAAAAACAUUUAAAAAUGAUGUUGCCUAUUUAUUAAAUGUGACAAUUACUAAUGUUAAAUUUAUGCUUAAUUAAAAAUCAUUCAUUAUAAAUUAGUAGUUUUUAUAAAUAUUAAAAACUAUUGUAAAUUACAAGUUUCUAAUGAAAUCUUUAAAUUUUAAUAACAAAAAUGCAUAUUUAAUAAUAAUAUAAUAACACACGCCUCUUGUAAUAUUUGUAUGCUUAAUUCAUAGAUCAUAAUCUAAUGACUAAGUCUGUGGACCAGUCAUUUUAUUAUACUAAUAUUAAAUAUUAUACACUUCUUUAAACUGGAUGAUGUCCGUAGAACAGAGUCGAGUUGAAUUAGCACUGAUUUCCAGAAAUAAACGUCUAUACUGUCGAGAAUGUGAUUUGGCAUCACAAGAAUCCAUUAGACAAUUUGCUACAAAUUUUCAAAAAGGUUUGAAUUUGUAUUAAAAUAAUCAUAUGACCUAACAUUAUUUAAUAAUACCUAUUAAAUUAGAAUUUAAGAGAUUGGAUGUAUUAAUCAACAAUGCUGGUGUUAUGAGAUGUCCAAAGUCUGUAACUAGAGAAGGAAUCGAAACUCAUCUGGGAGUUAAUCAUAUGGGCCAUUUCUUGUUAACAAAUUUGCUUUUGAACUGUUUGAAACAAAGUGCUCCUAGUCGCAUUGUCAAUGUAACAAUGCUUAAACAUCAAAGUUCUAAAAUUAACAAAGAAGAUUUAAAUUCAUCUAUAUCUUAUAAUGACGAAGAGGCCUUUAACCAAAGUAAAUUAGCGAAUCUUAUGUUUACAUCUAAACUAGCCGAAAUCUUAAAAGGUUUGUUCGUAAUUUCAAAUAAAAUUUUUUAUAUAAUUAUUAAUAUUAUUAAGUACCUACUUAUAAUUAUACAUUUUAUAUAAUCCUGAGUUAUGUUCUCUAUUUAAAGAUACUGGAGUAACGGUAAAUGCCAUUUAUCCUGGUAUUUGUACAACAAACAUUGUAAGACAUUUGCCAUUUUAUAACAGUUUCACUAGAUUUUUUAUAAAACCAAUGGCAUGGUUGGUUUUAAAAUCACCAGCUAAAGGUUCACAGACUUUAGUACAUGCGGCUUUAGAUCCAGAACUCGAAAAUGUCACUGGCAAAUUUAUCAGGUAAUUUUCAUUCUUGUAAAAAAAAUAAUAUAAUUAGCGUUCCACCAGUGCUGUACAAAUGUAUAUCCCCAUCACUCUUAUUUAUUAUCAACCUGUCAUUAGCCAAUUAUAUUAUAUUGUGUAGAGUAACCUGUUAGCUUUUAGCACAAGUAUCUUAAAUAUUAAUUUUUGUUUUAUACAUCAUAAAAUAAUGAGAACGAGCCAUUUUUUAUAAUGUAAAACACAAAACAUAAUAGGUGGUUAAGAGCAUACAAAAUAAUAUUAUAUAUCAAUAUAUAACUAUACAUAAUUUCAUGAAAAUAUGAAUUCCAAUAUAAGUUUUAUAUAAUUUAAUUUUAUCAAUAUUAAUGGUAUUAUUUGUUUUAUAAUCGUGUAGAUAAAGUAUUGAUGAGAGUGUGGUUAAUUAUCUUUCAAUUAAUAAUAGUUAUCCUUAAAAUAAGUAACAUGUUUUCUAAAGGUGCAAGCUAUCGUUAAUUAUGAUUAGUAGUAACAAAGUUAUGUUACAAAAUAUAUAUUAGAUUUUUAAUAUUUAUGUAUUUUUAUUUUAGCAAUUUUAAAAUAAUACCAAUGCCACAUCAAGUGCGAAAUCAAAAAGAUGUAGAAUGGUUAUGGAAAGUCAGCGAAAAGUGGACCAAAGUAAAAGAAACUUCACCUGAAAUAUGAUUUUUAUUACAUAUUAUUAAAAUUAUUACAUCUAUUUUUUUUUUUUUUAAUGUUUAUGAAUUUGUAGUAAUACUAUUAGAAAUAACAUUAGAUAUUGAAUAAAUUGUUUUUAUUUUCUACGCGGCUUCACAAUAUGAAUUAAUCCCAUUUAUGUUUAUAGUGUUCCUCAUCUUUUCUUCUUUUCUCAGCCCACAACUUAAUAUUGGCUUCACAAUUGGCUGGAAAAAAAAAAUUACACAUGUUUUAUAAGAUUAAAUUAAUUUAUCUACUGAUAUAUUAUAAAAAAUAAUUUUACCGAAUUGUUGUAUUUUAUAGAAUAUGGGCGAAACUAAUACAGCCGCUCCCAUAAACCAUGGGAACAUCCAAUGAUGUUUCAUAUGCAUUUUGAAUGGAAACUGAAUAAUCUUAGCAGUGAAUGUGUAUGGGAAAAUCAUUCUCUUACUUAAUUUUUCUUCAGUCAUCU